AUGGGAUCAAUCUACGGAAUCUUGUGUUGCUUUAUUUUCCGUAAAGUUGAGAAUCUAAGUUUCUUACCUCUUCUUCCUUGGUUAGUUUUCACAAGCUUUCUAAGGCACAGCAGGAUGUAUGGCCAAGCUGGUGGAAUAUCAGCAGCUGUAGGGGCACUGCUGAUACUUGGUAGGAGACAUUAUGGCCCUCCACUUGAUUUUGCAAUUGCUAGAAUCACAGAGGCUGUUAUUGGAUUGAUUUGUUUCAUCACCAUAGAGAUUCUCGUAUACCCUGCAAGAUCAGCAACUCUAGCAAAACAUAAACUUUCACUUAGCUUGGGAACUCUUCAAGAUUGCAUCAAAGAUGUUGUUCUUUUUGACAACCAAAACAACCAAAACAACAUGCAAGCUUCAAUCUUUCCAAAAUUGAGACAGAAACAGAAGAAGUUGAAGUCCCAUGUCAAUAAGUUACAAAUGUUCAUUGAAGAAGCUGAACUGGAGCCUAAUUUCUGGUUCAUCCCUUUCUAUGGUUCUUGCUACAGAAAGCUCCUGAGGUCUUUAUCAAAGAUGUGGGAUCUUUCACUUUUUAUGUCCAACAAAAUAGAAUUUCUGUCAGUUGUCUUACAGAGAUGUGAAGUUGAUUCAGAGGACCUCCAAAAACCCAUGAAGUGCAUUAAAAAUGACAUAGAACUUUUCAAGAAAAAAGUUGAGACUUCACUGCAAUGCCUCCAAGAGCUGUCUUCCAAGAAGUCUCUUGCAGUACAUGACAAGCAUGACAUUGAGUUGGGUACAUCACCAAAAGCAAAUGAGCGUAGGGGUUUGGAGACAGAGAAGGAAGAGGUUGAAUGCAUUUUAAAUUCUUUUCUUCUACAUUCCAAUGAAGUAUCUGACAGAGUUGGUACCAAUACUGAAGGUGAGGAUAAGAAGCUUAAGAGCCAAGUUAUUGUUUGCUUGGCUGGCCUAGGGUUUUGCAUCAGUAGUUUACUCAGGGAAGUAAGAGAGAUGGAGAAAGAGUUUCAAGAACUGGUCAAUUUGGAAAACCCUUCAAGCCAUAUCAUAGCAUGA